GGUUAAUAUAGAACCACAGUUAACAAACUACAUAGUCAAUAAUUUAACGAAUACCACAGACUAUGAGGUUACGUUAAAUAGACGUCACAAAUAUAUAAAUUUGUAUACUGUGAUAACAAUUGUGGGUACCGUACUGACAUUCGUGAAGUCCUUUUCCAAUUUUUAUUUCUGCCUAAAGGCUUCGAGGAAUCUACACAAAUCUAUAGUAUCUUCUGUGCUCAAUUCAUUUAUGACUUUCUUUGAUAGCCACUUCAUUGGUAACAUAAUUAACAGAUUUUCUAAAGAUCUAGCAGUUAUUGACGAAUACAUUCCAUAUAUUAUUUAUGAGAAUUUUAGGUGUAUUCUAGCAUUUAUUGCCAUAAUAGUCCUGAUAGCCUCUGUAAAUCUGAUAUUCCUUCUGACAGCGGCGAUUCUUAUAAUCAAACUGUAUUUCGUUCGAAGGUUCUAUUUGUCAACUGGAAGAGCCAUAAAAAGAUUAGAAUCUUCUACUAGAAGUCCAAUGAUUGGCUAUUUGAAUGCAACUAUGGAGGGAUUAACCACCGCUAGAGCCUACGAAAAACAAACUCUACUGAUUGACGAGUUUGACAUGCAUCAGGAUUUAUAUACCUCUUCGUACUAUAUGAUGCAAUGUACUAACCGGGCUUUUGGUUUUGUCGUUGAUAUAAUUUGCAGCACAUUUAUAGCUGGUGUAGUACUCAAGUUCGUAGUGUUUGACAACGGCGCAAAUGCUGGGGAUGUAGGUUUGGCCGUUUCGCAGGCCAUGGGUUUGAUGGGGUUGUUGCAAUGGACCAUCCGACAAAUUUCCGAACUGGAAAAUAAUAUGACAUCCGUGGAGAGAGUUUUGGAAUACGCAGACGUCGAAAGGGAGGAUAAAAAAGUCGGACAAGUAAUUGAAAACUGGCCUAAUCAGGGAAGAAUCGAAUAUAAAAAUGUUUCACUUACAUAUAGCACAACAAGAGAAAGAGUUCUAAAAAAUAUUAGUUUCGUUGUGGAACCUAGACAGAAAAUAGGGAUAGUUGGUAGGACAGGAGCAGGGAAGUCUUCAAUUAUUUCGACACUGUUUAGAUUAUAUGAUUUUGAAGGCCAGAUUUUUAUAGACUCCAUUGAUACUAAAAAGCUUAAUUUGGAUUUCCUUAGAUCAAAAAUUGCUAUUAUUCCACAAGACCCAAUAUUAUUUACAGGAACCAUCAGAACUAAUAUAGAUCCAACCGAAAGAUAUUCAGACGCGAUCAUAUGGGAGGCGAUCGAAAAAGUGAACCUAAAACACAUAGUGGGUAACUUGGAAGAGGAGAUCCAGGAAGGGGGUACCAAUUACAGUUCCGGACAGAGACAGCUUUUGUGUCUUGCCAGGGCGUUAGUCAGUAAGAACAAAGUCAUAGUUCUGGAUGAAGCCACGGCCAGCAUGGAUCCAGAAACAUGCACAACGUUGCAAAAUACCAUAAAAAAGAACUUUGCGGACUGCACGGUCAUCACAAUAGCACAUAGGUUGAAUACAGUUUCUAAUUCAGAUAUGGUUAUGGUGGUAGACGGAGGACAAAUAAUUGAAUACGAUACUCCAGAUGCCCUAAUGGAGAACGAAGAAGGGCUUUUCUUUGGUAUGAUGAGGCAAGCUGGGGUAGAUAUGAAUUAAUUCUCAGUUCAAACAUGCGUCCAAUUCGCGUUUCCUGAGCUGCGUUAAACAUACUCCUAGAUUACAAAUACAUACAAAUUUUAUAAUUAUAUUAAUAUUUCUGUUUCUGUAAUGCUAAUAAUAUAGACGUUAUUAAUUUUUGAA